UAUUUAGAUAAAACUCCACUAGCUGGAGAAAUGAUUCUCACCCACAGGAAAUCCAGGAGCAGGCAAGAAGACCCAGUCACUUCUUUUACCAGAAAUGGGUCCACUCUAAGCAGGAUCUGGAAAUGCCAAAACUGUGGCUGGGAAGGGUCUGUUCCAUGUUCCAUAAACCAAAGGAGACUUGCUCAACCAGGCGUUGUCCCAAGAUGCUCCAGGACAUUUCUAGAUGCCAGUACCCAAUGGUCCUCUACUGAUGCAGUCCACCUUAAAGAAAGUAAAGUUGCCCUAACUUUUCUGGGUGUUCCACACAAUGUUGCAAAGACGCUAUCAGAAGAACGUUGGUUAGCUGCUUGUUUCCCAGGCUAUCAACCCACCUCUGCCCUAACUAAUCACGCAGGGGAUAUUGAUUCCAUUUAUGAAUAUCCUUCUCCACUGGUCAGCACAACACUCAACACAGCCGCCUCAUUUGUUGAGAUGACCGCAACAGAGCCAACACUGAAGAAUCAGAACCAGGGAAUGGAUUUCCUGCAGAUUCGAGAAACAACACCCGUGGCCGUCACUGAUCACUCGGUGGACCUAUUGCCUCCAAAUAGGAUGGGUAUCAGAGGCUUGAGUGAAGAAACCCAGUAUCCGGAAUCACUGUUGGAGACUAUUGUAGUGGGCACGGAGCAAUCUUCAGAGGAAGGUGAAAAGGAUGUGGUGAGCCUAUCUUCCAAUGCUAGUGGUUACUUUUUCAGAACAGGCACAAAUCCAUCUUUGCAGGAGUUGCCUGUCUCCAUCACGAGGUCCAGUAAAGUCACCUUCUCAGACACUUCAAGACGUAUCAGUCAAAAGACUCCAAGCAUCACAUCCAUUUGCCCUUUGGUUCAAAAGAUGUACCAGAUUGAUUUUCCCCUUCCAGUUGAGGAGGAGGCCAAACCAAGUUCAAGGUGA